AUGGAUUCAUCAGGCACUGGUGAGUCGGACACUACGGGUCCUAUGCCUAUCGUAUCAGACGACCGAGAGUCAUCGGAGCAUGAGGUACACACUUCAGAUGUUACCAGCACGGAUGACGAUGAUUUUCAGCCCUUCGCGCUACUCGAUGUUGUCGCCGAGCCCGCUGAUGGCCCUUUUGCCGGGGAUUUGCCGCUCGUGGAGAUCCCUGCCCCUAUACCUUUUGCCGCUUACCCUGUUCUUGAUAUGCUCCUCGACGCCGACGCUGAUGACGACGUCGAUUUGUUUGAUGACAAGCCCCUGGAGGAUGAUAUUGAGGGCGAGGCCCUUAUAGCUGACGGCGGUCUUUUGCUGCUCGCAGAUGCUCCUGCUGAGGAGUCACCUGUUGAUGCCCCUCUCAUCGCUGAUGUACCCGCUGAGCCUGUUGUUGUCGCCCCUCUUCCUGAUCCUGUUCCUUUGGAGCCCGACCAUGCACUAUUUGCGACCCAUAUUGAUCCCCGUUAUGCGCACACCCGGAAUGGGUGGAUUGAUGCUGACUAUGAGUACCCGCCUUUUGUGGUACCAGUUGCGCCUGUUCCAGCCCCUGUGUCAGUUCCUCCUGAGAUUCCUCUGCAUCCCGUUCAUACCACCGAUGCACGUCACAUGGAUUUCCCUUUUUCGUUCGCUCAGUACACACCUCCAGCGCGUCCGGGAGAGGGUUCCUCGACUCAUCCCUUCGGCCAUGUGCCGACAUCUGUCCCCGUUAUACCACAUUUUUCUUCUGCUAUUCCCCCUGUUCCAUCAUUUUCUGUGCCACCUUUUACCCCAGCUGGUGAGCCAUUUCUUUGGACGUCACCACCUAUUAUGCCACCAUCCGACCCCUACCAUCCUUUUCAUAUGGGGUAUUCUAUUGAGGACACUCUUAUGUCAUUUGUUGUCCAGCAGGAGGUUCUCACAUGGCGCAUACAGGAGCUCGAGAGAGCACCACCACCGCCAUGCCAGUGUCAGGGCCAUACUCACCCUGCUAUUUCGCAGCCCCCUCGACCGUUGUCACCAGACUCUACUGCACGUCUUUGGGCACUGGAGCAGCUGAUGGCUUCCUGGUUGCGUUCCCAGCGAGCCAUGGAGGAGGAUUGGCUCCAUUUACGUCAUUUGUUCUAA